AUGGCUUUAGCCAUCGAGAUCAACGACUACGUUGCUGCAACCAUCAAGGAUAUGCCUGAUCGGUUUGGCGCUUUCGCGACUCUUUCCAUGCACGACCCCGAAAGCGCGGCCAAGGAACUGCGUCGGUGCGUCACAGAGUACGUAUUCAAGGGUGCUUUGGUGAACGACACGCAGCCUGCUGGUCUCGACGGCGACGAGAUGAUUUUCUAUGACGACCCUUCGUGGGACACGUUUUGGGCGACAGUGGCGGAGCUCGAUGUUCCCUUCUACCUCCACCCGCGCAACCCGACAGGGAGUCAUUAUGAAAAGCUGUGGGCUCAAAGGAAAUGGCUCAUUAGGCCUCCACUCAGCUUUGCCCAGGGGGUCAGUCUUCAUCUUCUCGGGAUGGUGACCAACGGAGUCUUUGAUCGUCAUCCCAACUUGAAGGUCAUUAUUGGGCACCUUGGAGAACACAUUCCUUUCGACCUCUGGCUUAUUAACCAUUGGUUCGAGGAUGUAAAGAAACCUCUCGGGCUGAGCUGCAAGAAGACCAUCCGAGAAUACUUCGCGCAAAACAUCUGGAUUACAACCAGUGGUCACUUUUCCACGCCGACUCUAAGAUACUGCAUUGAAGAGAUCGGUGUGGACAGGAUCUUGUUCUCCAUCGACUACCCCUUCGAAUCCUUCCCCGACGCCUGCAACUGGUUCGACGCUGUCGACCUUGACACGGCUGACAAAAUCAAGAUUGGGCGGGAUAACGCAAAGAAAUUGCUGAAGCUUGGGCCAUUCAAGGAUGACAAUCCUGAUAUUCUGGUCAGGAAUUCGGCUUUAGAAGAGGGGGGCGGGAGCGAUGAGAACCUGGGCCGAUACGUAUUCGAUUCUGUAGUCAUGUUCUAG